ACAGUUCAGUAGUUAAUAUGAACGGGCAGGAAAACGUAGUGCUUUGUGCUGCAGCUUGUGUUUUACUAUGUAGUCUACUUAAAAAGAAACGAAGGAAGAAACCGCGAUGUUGGGUGAGGCCUUUACUACAGCGACGGAAUGAAGAAACGAAUAAAUUUCUAGAAGAAAUAAAAAUAGAUCCAUUGAGUGGAUUUAAAAACUUCACACGUAUAUCUUGCCAAGAUUUUGAGUUGCUGGUUAAUGCAACUAGUCCUUUUAUUGCUAAGCAAGAUACCAACUACAGAAAAUGUGUCCCUGUUUCAAUAAGGCUUGCAAUCACCUUAAGAUAUCUUGCUACUGGAGAUUCUUUUGCAAGUUUAAUGUUCUUAUUUAAAGUUUCAAAAGAACUUAUUGCUCGGAUUGUACCUGAGACUUGUAAGGCGUUGAUAAGCGUGUUGAAAGAAAAUAUUAAGAUGCCUAACACUUCAGAAGAAUGGAUGAUCUUAGAGCGCCAAUUUGACCAUCUUUGGAAUUUCCCUCAUUGCAUUGGGGCUAUGGAUGGCAAACACGUUGUUAUUCAAGCUCCAAGUAAUACUGGAAGCGACUUUUUCAAUUACAAAGGUGAUUUCAGCAUUGUGCUUUUAGCACAGGUUGAUGCAAAUUAUAAGUUUACGUACGUAGAUGUCGGUUGUAAAGGAAGAAUAUCGGAUGGUGGUGUUUUCAAAAAUACUGGUUUCUAUGCUAAUCUUCAGCAAGGAAAAUUAAAUUUGCCUGAACCUUACCCGUUACCCGGAAGGAACAACCCAAUUCCACAUGUCAUUGUGGCAGAUGAUGCUUUUGCGUUAGAUAUAAAUUUAAUGAAACCAUAUCCCGGUCAACAUGACAAAAGAUCAAAAGAGAGAAUAUUUAAUUAUCGGUUUAGCAGAGCGAGACGCAUUGUGGAAAACGUAUUCGGCAUUAUGUCCGGUGUAUUUCGCGUACUCAGGAAACCUAUUCUGUUAGCUCCAGAAAAGACACAAUUGAUAACACUGACAUGUUGUUACUUGCAUAAUUUUUUGAUAACACAAAAAUCGUCUUCACAACUUUAUACUUCUGCUGGCUGUUUUGAUACUGAGAACCAAAUUACUCAUUGCACUAUCGAUGGAAGUUGGCGGCGCGAUGCAGGCAUGGCAAACUUAUUGCCUUUAAGACAUGUUGGAAGAAGACCCCCUGGCGAUGCGAAAAACAUAAGAGAAGAAUUUGCACAUUAUUUCCAAACUGACAUCGGAAUGGUGCCAUGGCAAGAAACACUGGCGUAAAUAGUAUAAGUAUCUAAGUAAUAAUAUUAGAGGUGCCAGCUACAGAAAAAGAGUGGCUCGCAAUUUCAAAUGGUUUCCUUAAUAAAUGGAAUUUCCCACAUGCUGUAGCAGCGAUGGAUGGCAAGCAUGUUGUUUUACAGUCUCCCAUAAACAGUGGUAAUGACUACGAUAAUUACAAAUCAUUUUCAAGUAUAGUUUUGUUCGCCUUGGUAGAUGAAAAUUACAAGUUUUUAUAUGUAAAUGUUGGGAGUAAAGGACGAAUUUCUGAUGGGGGUGUAUUUAAAAAUACAAUAUUAUACCAAAAACUUGAAAAAAGAGAGCUCAACAUCCCAUCACCCACAAUUUUGCAAAUACCGUACUCUACCAAAGUACCAUUUUAUAUACUAGGUGACAAAGCUUUUCAGCUGAAUGAAUACACAAUGAGACCUUACGAGGGCAAUCCAGAAAGAGGUUCAAAGGAAAGAAUUUUUAAUUAUAGACUCUCCAGAGCACGAAGAGUUGUAGAAAACGCUUUCGGGGUGUUAAGUUCUGUUUAUAGAGUUUUGCGUAAACCAAUGUUAUUGGAACCGGAACAAGCAACAAAAGUGGUCUUAGCAUCAGUUCAUUUGUAUAACUAUUUACGGAGAACAUCUUCUAAUAACUUUGAAGUUUCUGGCUUGUUUGAUGCGGUGGAAAAUGACGGGGAAAUGGUAGAAGGAAGUUGGCGAAAUGAAUCAGAACCAACAUCAUUAUUACCAAUUCAACAAAUACCACGACGGGGAUCAAAUAAUGCUAAAGAGAUACGAGACCACCUAGCAAGACAUUUUAUUACGAAUGGAACCGUCUCAUGGCAAGAUAACUAUCAGUAAGAAAUAUUGUAUGUAUGUACUUACAUUGUCUAUAGUAUCCCGCGUGGUACCUGGCUCGUUCCUAUCAGACAUAAAUGCAAAGGCAUUAUAUGCAAACCAGCUGGAUUUAUAAACGUCAUCACGACCUGGAAGAUAAAAGUGACAAGUUUUAUAAUAGUAGAUAAUUGUUCUUAGUAGGUAGUAAAUGUGAAAGCAAUUAAUAAAUGUAUACCUGAUCCUGUCAAACGACUUUUUUUUUCUCGUGAUUUUUCCCGCCGGUAGGAUCCCAUCAAUGACUCCAUCUUCUUUUUUAAACCAGGAACCGGCUAUAUUCAUCUCGCGGCUAAUAUUUAACCAGGCAUCUUCUCUAAGCCCUCUAUUUGUAUAAUUAGGAUCACUUGCAUUCCAUAGCCAGGUGUUUACACCAUAGAGAGAUAUUAAUUUCAAACAAAAUUCUUUAUCCAUAAUUAUUAUGCUCGAGCGAGGCACGAAACAGAAUACGCGUGCGUCCAGAGUGCGCGCGGCAAACGACUGAGGCGCCUUUGAGCAAAACAAAAAGCCGACACUCGGUGGCUCGGCCGCUCGGUCGCUCGCCCGCGGCAGUACACCCGCUUUCCUCGGUCGAGGCACGUCAUCACGCGAGGCAUUUGCCGCGCGAGGCGGCUCGCUCUGUAGACCCGCCUAUUUAAUAAACACUGGGAGACUAGCGGGCGCGCGGGAGGAGUGACAGGUACGCCGUUCGGAUACACGCUACACUAGCGACAAUUUAUGGUCGCGUUCAGGUUAUUAUAAUAUUUCGUAUUUGAAAUAAUGGCAUGUGGCCAUAUUUUUCGGCUGGCCAUAUUCGACCCAGGUACCUUAUGUAACAUUCUUUAUAAAAAAAAAAAAUGUUGGCGAUGACAAAGAACCUUAUGCUUCUAUCUCAUCUUUAAUAUCUGUGUCUAUCAGAACAUCUUUACAAACGCGGUGCGGAAAGUUAGUGUAUUCUAGGUGAAAGAUUUUGGGAAUAACCCCUGUAUCACACAGCUUCUUAAGAUCUUUGUAUUUGGCGGUAGUUAUAGGCACAGAUGUCUUAUACUUCGGCAGCACUACCUUUGGUCUUGAAAUUAUGGCUAUAGAAUCGGUCUCAGCAUCUUUAUCCAUGCUGUAUUUGACAGUCAUGACAUUGGGUGACGACUUUUUAAAUGUCGCCACCCGAAUCUUACUAAUCUUUCCGCUUAAAUUGCCUUUAAAAUACUUUUCUGAAAACUCUUCGUAAUUCAAGAAAUCGUUGUGCGUAAGAGUUUCUAUGUGAUAUGGGCCGGGCUCUUUACGAGCCAACUGAAAAACAGUUGACCACUGAGAUGGUGCCCAUAUUAUAGUAUUUCUAACAGAAUUUUCAAUUGUGGCAUGGAUGCUAUCGACAGUCAUUUCGGUAUGCCCUUGGAAGCAGAUAAUUCAUUUGUAUGGUUUCGAUGUGUUUUGUUUCAAGCAGUGCGCUAUGUAUGGC